AUGCUCGCAAACCUACUAGCUGCCAUUGCUUUCAACGCCGUGACGGCCAGCAGUCCUCUGGCAGACAGCUCCUUCGACUUCAUUGUCGUCGGCGGCGGCACCUCUGGGCUUGUUGUGGCAAAUCGACUGUCUGAGUCUCCUGACGUGCAGGUUCUGGUCAUUGAAGCAGGUUACUCGGCGCUGGACAAUGAGAACUCCACGUUCCCGGAGCUCUCCGGCUCGACGAAGACGAUCGACUGGCAAUAUAAAAGUGCGCCGCAAAAAUACGCUUAUGAUAGGAUUGAGUCACUACCUGGUGGCAGAGGAAUAGGCGGGUCUAGCCUCAUGAACGGUCUGUCUCAUGGAAUUAUCUUAACGCCUUUGAAGCUGACGAUUGACGCUUAG